UGCUACAAGUUAUUGUCUUGCUCUAACUCUUGGGAAGUUGAAAAAAAGUUUUGAUUACAAUUGUGAUAAAAAUGACGAGCUCUACAAUUAUUUAGAGAAUUUGUUAAAUAAAACUGAGUUUUUUUUAUAAAUAUGACUGUGUGGCGAAAAGUACAAAAUGAAGAAACUUACGCUGUUGCCCUAUACAACUUUAACGCCACAUCAUCAAACCACCUCCAACUCGAGGUGGGUGAGCUGGUACACCUCGAGGGAGAGACUAAGGAUUGGUACUGGGGACAAAGUCUUCGAAGGGAUGGGAGAGGCGUCUUCCCUAAGAACUAUGUCGUAAUACGAGAGUGCCAUGUUGACAGAUGUGGCGAGACAGUCGUGGCUUCGGCGGGUGGUGGUGGUGUUGUACACGAUAUUGCGGUCACUUUAAGAGAAUGGCUGCAGCAUUGGAAGGAUCUAUAUACAAAAAAUGAUGGCCGUUUCAAAUUCAUGGAAGUGAGUAUGCGCGCUUUAUUGGAAUUGAGGGGUCAGGCGGCAUCCGGAGCCUUACCACAAGACCAGCUGAGACGCGUCGCCAGAACAGCUGUGUUUACUACCGAUAAGGGAAAUAGAAUAUUGGGAAUGGAGUUAGCUGUAAGAACAAUGAGUGGUCAGCUAGUUGACCCUCUGACAACUUCUACGUUCAGAUUGAACGCUCUACAUGACGAAGCAAAUUCGCGGAUUGAUAAAAAUAUGGAAACGACCCCUUCGAGUCGUCCAACGAGCCAAAACCCGAUCGCACGUACGUACACAAUAGUGGUGAACGUAAAAAACUUCGUCUGCCGUAUGAGUGACGUCGCGGAACUUUCGCUCGCGUUACACGACUCAAGUGGCGCCAAAUUGACUGAGAGUGUUUUAUUAAGGUGGCCUCCACAAAAUCUCGUCGUGGAUUUGUUUACCGCACAACCUCUUGUGUUUACCGACCUUGGAAGUGAUAUAAAGAAAGAGAAGAUUUUCCUCGUCUGUCAUGUUGUGAGAAUAGGAUCUAUGGAGGCACAGAAUGUCGAUCACAGUUUCGAUCGAAUCUCGUGUGUGCCCAGACGCAGCACGAUCACAGGUGCACCGAUGACUAGCGUUGGCACCAUGCGCCGUCCGUUUGGCGUUGCUCUCGCUGACGUCACGCUGUACUUGGCCAAUCAGCAAGCGGAUAAGGAAAUACAGCUGCCAUUUUAUCCGUGUGAGAAAGACAACAUGGACUCUCUUCUUAAGAAAGUGAUAACGAAUAGAGAUCUCAAAGACCAAAAGCACGCGCAAGGCUUAUGGGUUUACCUUCAGAUGUUUGAGGGGGAUUUAAAACAAAUACGCCAAGAAAACCCACAUAUAGUGGUCGGAAACAGCGCUUUUGCUCGUAAAAUGGGUUUUCCUGAAGUGAUUCUUCCGGGGGACGCCAGGAAUGACCUCUACGUGACGUUAUGCGGUGGAUCCUUUUCCCGGGGCGGGGGGAAGUCUUCUGAGAGAAAUAUCGAGCUGGUCGCAAGAGUUGUGGAUAAAAAUGGACAGAUUAUACCGGGUGUCAUAUCAAUCGGCGCUGGUGUGGCGCUGGUCAACGAGUAUACUUCUAUAGUUUAUUACCACGAAGACAGACCCCGUUGGCAAGAAGUAUUUAAGGUGUGCCUAAAUAUUGAGGAGUUCAAGGAGGCUCACAUAGUGUUCCUAUGUCGGCAUAGGAGUUCAAAUGAGGCCAAAGAUCGCAGCGAAAGACAUUUCGCGUUAGCCUAUUUACGACUUAUGCAGAAGGAGGGCACUACUACAUCGGAUACUCAACACAAUCUUGCUGUUUAUAAGAUCGACCAUAAGCGAUCACAAUCAAGUGAAGUGGAAACAGAAGCAGCGGCUGCCUGUCUUGGAUUGCCGUCAAGACGUGAUGAGCUCCCCGCUGGCUCUGACCGCGGACUGACUAGAGGUCCAUUAUCACUGGUUCAUAGGGAUACAUUAACUGUGGCCACUAAAUUAUGCUCGACUAAGCUCACUCAGAGAGAGGAAAUCCUUGGCGUGCUUAAAUGGAGUACCCAUCACGCAGAAGGGACAUUACGUACAGCGCUUACGAAGUUACUGCGAGUACCAAAUGAUGAAUUAGUUAAAUUUCUUCAGGACAUUUUGGAUGCUCUCUUCUCUAUACUAACUCAGGUGGAAGAAGAAAGCAGUUCGUUCACAGAACAAAGUUACGCAGUGCUUGUCCUUGACUGUUUGUUAGUAGUCAUCUCCCUAGUAGCUGACCACAAGUACCAGCACUUCCAGCCCGUUCUACACGUUUAUAUUGAAGAAAGCUUUUGCGACGCUCUGGCUUAUGAGAAAUUAAUUUCGAUAAUGGUCUGGGCGAUACGUUCAGCGGAAAACGGGGAAGUGGCGUCUAAGCGACUUUUACAAUGUAUGAAGUGUUUGGAGAGUCUCGUACGCGUACUCGUACGUUCACGUCAGUUGCGAGCUGCUUUGGGAUCGCGAGCCACUAAUAGUUCAAGUAGGGAUAAUGAUCCCUACUGUCCACAACUUGAGAGUCUCCUACAAGCGUUAGUGUGGUUAAUGCGUUGUGGCGAUCACGCGCUGACGUGUCAAGGGUCCGCUCUGAAGUACCUCCCGCACGCCAUACCGCAUAUGAUCAAGAUAUAUCCGGACACACAGCUCAGUGAAUAUACAGUCUGGGCACUAGAAGCUUUACCACUCGGUCGAUUAUCGAACCAGCGACUUCACGCCUUACUAGAACUAAUCAAAGGACCUCUAGGCACUAAUGCGGGGUCACGGGCCAAAUUACUUCCUCAUUUGGCCCAAACUUUGCGAUCUCUUUUACGAGCACCAGCUGAGUGGGAGCGCGAGGCAGCCAUUAAGUCACGAUCCGUGAACAAGGCGGCGCGGCUGCUCGGCGCCGACACCACACGACUCGUCGAUAACAGCCAGCAACAACAGUUUGUGGAGCUUUGCGUAGACACAUUAGGAGAAGUGGUCACACUGCUAGCAAGAGAUGAUGUGGGACCUGUUGAGGCUGACAGAGGUGUCCUAGCCAGAGCCUUGCUUCCUACAGUAUUAAAGAUAGCCGUCACAAUGAUGAGGGAGAGAGGAAGAGAUGAGACCAUCGCAAAUGAUGAUCCUUUACUGCGUAAACUGAUCUGCGUACUGCUGGAUAUGGUGCGACAAAUGUCUGAGGAACAAUACACAACUGUAAUGAAGACCGUGGAGGCAGAAGGCACAGGCCGAUCUGACUCCUUAGCCCAUGAUGCACUGGCGAUGAUGACGUCACUACUCCAAAGGCCGGUGUUCAGGUGUUAUUGGGCCGAUAUGCUGCAUCUACAACAUUAUAUUAUGAUGCAUGCUUUGAGGCUUCUCUCUAGAAUGCUGCGAGACAGCCUUUCCACACUGGACGAGACGGAUACCGAGAGUGUUAGUGCAGUCCAUUCAACCUUAGCUGAAUGGUUUAGUACAGUGGGUCUGGUGGCGUCAUCUCCUCCUCUGCAGUUGGAGAGCGUUCCAGCUACGAGAAAACACCGGGUGGUGAUGUUGUAUGGCGACAUACGUAGGUCUGCAGCGACGUUGGCCGCGGAAAUGUGGUACAGCUUGGGUGACCACAAGCGAUAUUUCAUCCCUCAGCUAGUAGGCCCCUUCCUUGAAGUGAGUUUCCUCAAUGACGAAGAAGUUCGCAACACGAUAAUACCGCUCUUUUUCGACAUGAUGCAGACUGACUUCCGACGGACACAGGAGAUUUAUGGUGAAGGUAACCUCCGCACAUUCGAAAAUGAGUUAAUAGACAAGUUAGACGUAUUAGCCGAAGCAGGGCGUGGCGACGCAGGAUGGCGUGCUCGCUUCGUAUCUCUUUGCGGCGCUAUGUGCAACCAAAGCACGGAGUUGCGCAACUGUGGCUCGACUUUAGUUGCCGCAGCUGCCCGGCAACUGGAUGCCCUGUUACAGUAUAGGGCAGCUCCUACGUCCCAUAGAAUGUACUUGAUCACCAGUGUGUUGCGGUUCUAUGAACAAAUUGAAAGACCGCAUAUGUAUAUCAGAUAUGUCCACCGGUUAGCAGCCAUGCACCGCUCCUCCCAGCAUUGGGCAGAGGCCGGUCUCACUUUACAGCUACACGCAAAACUACUUGAGUGGAGUCAUACUGCGUUGCCGCCCCGGUUGAGACAUCCUGCCUCGCCUGACUCGCAUCUUACUCAUUUAGACCUCAAGAUAUUUCUAUACGAAGAAAUGGCCCGUCUACUAGAGUCGGGUCGGCAGUGGGAGGCAGCAGUGGAAGUUAUCAAAGAACUAGUGUUAGUGCAUGAGCAAAAUGCACUAGAUUAUACCGCAUUGGCCGAUUUACACGAGCUACUGGCUUCUCUAUACAGAGCCACUUUACAUCAAACGAGGUUACCGAACUCGUACUUCAGGGUGCGGUAUUUAGGUAAAGGAUUCCCACCGCAUUUGCUAACACCAAAGGGUUUCGUAUACCGCGGUAACGAGUGCGAUAUGCUUCACAACUUCAAAGAGCGAAUGCUAGAUGAGUGGCCUGAAGCUGAGGUUCUACUCAAACUGGAUGAACCCGGAGAAGAUAUCACGGAGUCUGACGGACAAUAUUUACAAAUUAACGCGGUGACACCAGUGAUCUCUGAGAAAUGGGCGCAUCUCGUGAACAAACCGAUAGAUGACAGAAUACUUCAGUAUUAUGAGCACAAUAAUGUUAAUAAGUUUAUUUUUUCAAGGCCUGUAUAUAAAAAUGACGACGGAGAUUUAAUAUCGGGUAAAGAUGUUUCUGGUGCAAAGGAGUUCGCUUCGAGAUGGAUCGAAAGAACGGAAGUUGAGAUUAGUGAUAAAUUACCUGGCAUACUUCGUUGGUUCCCUGUAAUAGCUUCGCGUACAUACUUGGUGUCUCCUUUGGAAGUGGCGGUGGAAACUAUGUCAAAUACGAACAGACAACUCAAACGGGUCAUUAUGGAGACGAAAAGUACGAAUGCGAUAUUACAUCCGCUGACAAUGAGGUUGCAAGGUAUCCUAGACCCACAAGUACAAGGAGGGCUCGUUAACUACGAGUUGGCAUUCUUCACGGCCAGCUACGAGGCACGGCAUCCUGAACAUAGCGGGCUACUGCAGCAGCUCAAAGAUUUGAUCGCUGAUCAAGUGCCUUUACUGAAGUUUGGUUUAGAAGUUCACGCCUCUCGGGAUCCAGACAAGAAAAUGCACGCGUUAUUGGUGAAACGUUUUCACGAGUUACAACAGAAGGUUGAACAGAACUUCGGUAGACGAAUAAGUGAAUUUGAUACUCUAAGCGAGGCGUCAUCAGAAGUUCAGUUGCGAGCAAAUCUUAGAGACAGCAGCGAUAUUGAUUCACGAAGCCUCGCGAAUAACCGGAUGUCCGAUAUAUCGACCGGAAAUGAGUCAACGUCCAAGUCAAAAUUCAUUUCCGCUUUUAAUAGGACAAGAAUUAGUAGCAGUGGUACACUCACCCCUAGGCACAAAAAAAGAAGUAGAAAGAGUGAAGUGAGCAUCCAAUCAAGUGGUAGUCAGUGGUACACCUCAGCUACAACGAAUGGUGUGAACAACGCUAUCAACAGUGCCAUAACAUCGGCAAUCGCAAGUGCCUUCAACAAUAACUUGAAUAGUAUAAGCUCACCGAAUAUUGUCGAUUCAGCAGUUUCUCCACUGCGAGAGCUGCGCCAGGACUUGGUGACGGAAAGGCCUCUUCGGGCGGACGUCGAGCGGCGGUUAUCGCAACGAGCUUCAUACGUCACUUCCUCAGAGCCACCAUCUAACAGGGAUUCGUUAGGCACUACAGACUCGAACCAAGACGAAGAGGAACCGCCGCCGCUACCAGUCAAGCAGUCACACAGAAGCCUAGACCUAGACACAGAGAACAAUAACCAGGAGUCGAACCCCCUACCCACCAGGUAUAAUUACGAUUUAGUGCUGUCGCCGCGCAACUCGUAUUUGUACCAAUCAAAGAGAAGAGAGUUACCACCGACCAAUGAGAAAGCGCCGACGCCGCCGCCAAAGAAACGGAAUCAAACUAAUGCAUAAUCUGUGGUUCCGGUCCAGUUAAUAUAAGAUCCUUUACGGGCUUAAACGUGGAGUGAAGCACGAGGUUUGUUACCAUGGUAACCAACCAUCCUUUUAUAUGGAAAUAGCAUUGUAAAUAGUCAUCAUGGGGUGAUCAUUAUAUUUUUUUAUGAUAAUAGCAUCGUAACCAAGGUAACCAACUUUUAUAUGAAAAUAGCAUCGUAUCCAUUGGAACCGACUUUUCUACGUAAAUAGCAUUGUCACCAUGGUAACUAACUUUUAUAUGGAAAUAGCAUCGUAUCCAUGGGAACCGACUUUUUCUACGUAAAUAGCAUCGUAACCAUGGUAACCGACUGUUUCUACGUAAAUAGCGGCGUAACCAUAGUAACCAGACAGUUCAUGCCAUUUUAAUCCCACCAUUCCAUUUCGUAUACCAUUUAUUUCCAACUUAUUUUCAAAAACUUAGUUUCCCUCUAUCUUACCUAAUAACGUUAAAAUUCUUAUAAUUUUGAAGCGAAUGAUUCGCGCUUUUGAUUAUACAUGAAUAUGUCUUCCAAAAAAUCUUUAUGUUUAUGUAUACUGUAGUGUACGGCUUAUAUUAUUAUUUUUAUGAUUCUUUGUCGUAAGCUAUUUAAUGAACAAAAUGCAAAGGUAAUAUUUUUACUCUUUCACGCUUUUGUAUAUUCAAUAGGUUUUAUAAAGCGCGUUCAGUACUGUUUUGUAGGUUUUCUAAUGCAAAUUAUCGUGAUAUUAAAAACUUGAUGCCAUGUUCCCAAAGCGAUAAACCCGUGUCAUAUGUAUAUGUAGGUUAUCAAUAAUUUAUAUUGUACAAUAUAGAGUUUAUUUAAGAGCAACAGAUGUAUAGGGUGAUUAAGAUUUAAACAAAUGUAAGAGAAAUGUAUUUUAUUUCUAUGUUCGUUUAAUAUGUGAAUCAAAAUGUCGAAUAGCACUCAUAGUUCAAGGAAAAUAAUUUACAGUAGUAGUAAUGAUACCGUAAUUUUUUUUACAAACAAUUUACCUGUCUCUUUUCAUCACAGUGUAAACACAUUUUGACAGUAAGAUACAAAAGAUUUUAGUAAAAACGGUGCAUUAUUAUGUCAUGUCCGUGAUUUUAACACUUCAUAAAACGCGUCUGCAUGAGAUAGCAGAAAAUUUUGUAUUCUAUUUAUACUACUAAUUAACACCAUGGUAGAAUGUUAAUUGAAAAGUUCAAAGUUUAAAACAAUAUGACAUACCACAGAAAGUAGUUUAAUAAUAAAAUAGCCAUAUAAUAAUAAGCUCUACAAUCAGCUCUUGUACUCUGUAACUCUCAAUAGUGAUUGCUCUCCCGGCUUCAAUUUUAAGUUUUUUGUUGAGACAUCAGCGCUACGGAUAUUGAUAGAACUACGCCGAAAUUCUAUACAAAAAUAUCUAUAUCAUUUUUGGAAGUUACAGAGUACCGGCGCAGGCCAGGACAUAUUGAUAUAACUACAACAUUCCGGGCAUAUAUCCUGUUAUUUUUUUUUACUUGUGAGAAAAUGACGUAUCUCUAAAGAUUGUUAACAUUUGUCAGCAAUAGCUUUAAUAUGUGUAAUUUUUUACUCCCUUUUUUGUAAAUCUACAUAUUGUAUAUUUAUACAGAUAAUGACAGUUAAAAGUUCAAUUUUUUUAGCUCGCAGUUCUUUGUCCACAAAGUCUACAUUAAGUAUGUUUAGCAACAACUAUAUAUAGGCAGUGUUAUAUUCGAGUGGACGUUGACUUCAAGUAAAUUGUGUUUAUAUAGCGAUAUAACGUAAAAAACAGGGUUUACAAACAAUAUAACACGCUGAGCCUAUAACAAAGGUUUCUUGAUCGCUUAAAUUAUCAAUGAUACAGAAAUUUAGACUAGACGUUUUUGUGUUAACGCGAGUCUGAUAGAAUCAAACCCCCGUCAUCUACCUUAUAAUUAAUGAUUUCUAAAUUAAAAAUGUUCUGAGUUAAUUGACAACUAUAGGACAACCUUUAAUGUUCAGUGAAAGUGUACUUUCUUGACUUGUACACCUAAAUGAUAAGGCAACAAAAAUAACGUAAUUUAUUUUAAAGAAUUUAAAAAUAAUUGUAUUUCCAUGAACAUUCAAAAUGGUUUAAGUUACGGCUCCACUGCUCGUGGCCCAGAAUUGUCGGCAAACUUAGAUGUAGAUGAUAUUGAAUACAUAAUAAUAUUGAAAUAUACUCUUGUAAAUCCAACGUUUAUAUGAUUAAGUGUUACAUUUUGUAAUAAAUAUUAUUAUCAA